AUGUCUACCCUGACUGAACAGCCCACUACCGCGCGGGCCGCACGGAAGGCCCAGUAUGAUGCCCUAAAGGAGACACUGCAAGCCCAGCUCCCCGCCCCAACCCCACCACCUCCUGUUUUGGCUAAGCGCAAGAGAGUACGCAGUCGUCCGAGGCGCGAUGUUAACGCCAAGAAGACUGCUGCCCCGGGCACAGAUGCAGCACCAGCUGCAGGGGAUGUUGUCCCGGCCUUGAAAGGGCCCCAAAGCCAGGCAUCUUCUAUGGCUGAGCAAACCGCAAUGCUGACCCCUUCUGGUAUGUGA